AUGAAAAUUAAAAUAUUAUUAUUAUUUUUUAUUUCUGUCGUUUUGUUUGUCGAUAAUGUUGCGACAGAAUCCGAUCAUUUGAAAUUGAAAACAAAAGUCGCGGAUAAGGAUUUUCUCGAGAAGCAACGAUUCGUAUUGAAAAUUUUAUGGGGUGUCACACAUGAACAUUCGUGUCCGAGACUUUUAGAAAUCGAAAAUUCUUUUAACCUCGAAGAAAGUUUAAAUAAUUACACGAAUGUCGAAGCGGUUAAAAAGUUUAUGAAAGUUUACAAACAUGGAAUACUACCGAAAGGAAAGGCUUUUUCCGUUUUCAAUAGGAAACAUUUAGAAGAAUCGUUGAAUUUAUUUAAUUUGUUUUAUUACGCAUCGGAUUUUGAAACGUUUAAAAAUUCUGUCGUAUGGGCGAGAUUUCAUUUUAAUCCUGGACAAUUUGUUUAUGCUUUGUCUCUCGCUGUUGCACAUCGUGAAGAUUUUAAAGGAGUCGUACUUCCGCCUCCCUAUGAAGUUACCCCUCAUUUAUUCGUCAAAAGCGAUGUUCUUCAAAAAGCAUUCGAAUUAAAAUUUUUAACAAAUAAAAACGACAGCGAUCCGAUAGUGUUAACCGUUAACAACACAAAACUUUAUCCUUGUUAUCAAUACGAUGAUGAAAAUGAAUCACACAAUUGUUACUUUGAUAAGGAUUACGAUCGAUCCGAAGAACGUCUUUCGUAUUUUACCGAAGAUGUCGGUCUCAACAGUUUCAACUACUUCCAUCACGUUUUCAAUCCAUUUUUUCUCGAUGCUUCUUACGGGUAUAAACUCGAAGGACGCGGUGAACUUUUCUUUUACUACCACCAACAAGUUUUAGCACGUUACAUUUUGGAAAGAUUGUCAAACGAUUUGCAAAAAUUCGAACCGCUCACAUUUGGAAAACCCGUUAAACACGGUUACGAUCCUAAUCUUCGUUAUCCCAACGGAAAAGCUUUUCCGGUACGUCCAGAUGACGUAACAGUUUUAGAACACGAAAGUUUCGAAUAUCAAUUGCUUGACGAUUAUGCCAACAGAGUUUUGGAUGCUGUUGAUUUUGGAUCUUUAUUUACUCCUGAUUUGAAACAAGUUUUACUAACCGAUUCCGAAGGUUUAGAUCAUCUUGGUCACGUGGUCGAAGGAACUGCAAAAUCCGUUCAUCCGAGAUAUUAUGGAAAACUUUUCUAUUACGGAAUGAGAGCUUUUGGUAACAUUGCUGACGUACAUAAAACUCAUUCUUCUCCUCCGGGAGUUUUAGAACAUUAUCAAACCGCAUUUAGAGAUCCGAUGUACUAUCGAUUAAUUGCUUUCCUCACGAAUUUGUACCAUCGUUUUAAAAGUCAUUUCGACGAGUACACUCACGAAGAACUCGAGUUUCCAGGAGUUAAAGUAUCGAACGUCGAAGUUAAUAAUUUGUUGACGUUUUUCGAAGAAUUCGAAUUUGACGUGACUACUCUCGCGAGUAAACAACAUGAAAAAGAACCGUUUGUGAGAGUACGACAAUACCGACUCAAUCACAAACCUUUCAACUACAAGGUACACGUCACAUCGGACAAAGAUUCCACGGCAAUGUUUAGAGUUUUCCUCGGUCCAAAAUACGAUUCGGAAGGUCUUAAACUACCAUUAAACGAAAGAAGGAAAAGUAUGGUUGAAAUCGAUCGAUUUCCUUAUUCAGUAAAAACUGGAGAAAACGAAGUCGUGAGAAAUUCUCAAGAAUUUUUCGGUACGUCUCCCGAUCAUAAAUCUUACUUAGAUUUAUACAAUUCCGUUAAAAGUGCUCUGAAAGAAGGAACCGAAUUCCAUUACGACGAAGUUAACCGUCAAUGCGGAUUUCCAAAUCGUUUCGUAUUACCAAAAGGUACCCGCGACGGUUUACCACUUUCCCUAUUCGUCGUAGUGAGUCCUUUGGAAGGUGACGUCACUGCCGAAUCAUUCGAUAAAAAAUAUCACAGCACAGUCGGUUGCGGAGUCGGACUCGGUCUCGUACAUCAAGAUGGCCGCGCUAUGGGAUUUCCAUUCGAUCGUAGAAUGGAUGAAACUCAUCUUCACGUACCUAACGUUUACGAAAAAGAUGUCGUCGUUUAUCACAAGAGAGCCAAUGAAGUUACCGAUUCACCUUAA